AUGGGGCAGCACCCCGAUAGCUGCAUAUUGCGGAAAAGUCGAUGCGUUUGCAGAGGUGGUGCGUCUGCCGAGGAUUUUCCACGGCAAUGGAGGGGCAAGGCUAGCAUUUUUGACAAGGCCAUCGCCGAAGCUACCCAAAGUCACGGAGCAGAAGAGUCGCCCUUGCGAAGCCACGAAUUCAAACCGAGCGGUCCUUUUGAUACGUCUCUACGAUACACACAUAAAUCGAAGAUUUACGACGCAGCCAUGGCCGAUGUUGGGGAGGAGACUAGCCAUGUGGCCGAGCCGCUCGAUCUGGUGAGGCUGCUGCUGAACGAGGUGGUUUUCGUCAAGCUGCGCGGUGAUAGAGAGCUCAAGGGCAAGCUUCACGCCUACGAUAGUCACUGCAACCUGGUGCUAGGCGAGGUGGAAGAGACCAUCUACGCCGUUGACGAUGAUGAGGAGGAGAGCGACGAGGCCAAGACCAUUAGCAGGAAAUCAGAAAUGUUGUUUGUAAGAGGCGAUAGCGUCGUUUUAAUCUCUCCGCAAGUUCCUUUCUAG